CGGGCUGCUCUUCCCGGCCCAGCCGACACCCAGGCAGCACCCAGUGGGGACCCAGCCGGCACCCAGGCAGCACCCAGCUCGGGGGCCCGGGGGUGGGGGCGCCGCCGCAGCCGCACCUGCUGCAGCAUGAACGGGGGCGCCGACCCACCUCUGUUCAUAAAAGACAUUAAGCCCGGACUGAAAAACUUAAAUGUCGUCUUUAUUGUCCUGGAGAUAGGGCGAGUGACCAAAACCAAGGACGGCCACGAAGUGAGGUCCUGCAAGGUGGCAGAUAAGACGGGCAGCAUCACCAUCUCCGUGUGGGAUGAGAUCGGGGGUCUCAUACAGCCGGGCGACAUCAUCCGCCUGACCCGGGGAUACGCAUCUAUGUGGAAAGGCUGUCUGACUCUAUAUACUGGAAGGGGUGGUGAACUUCAGAAAAUUGGAGAAUUUUGUAUGGUUUAUUCAGAAGUGCCAAAUUUCAGUGAGCCCAAUCCAGAUUAUCGAGGACAGCAGAACAAAGGGGCACACAGUGAACAGAAGAGUAAUUCCAUGAGUAAUACUGUAGGCGCAGGUGCAUUUGGACCAGUGGGAAACGGGGUUCAGUCUGGCCCCGAGUCAAGAGUAUGCCAGUUUCCAUAUGCUGGUAGGAGCAGUGGCCGGGGUCCCCUAAAUCCACUCCUGCCAGGGACAGCAAACAGCCAAGCAGCCGUGCCCACAAUGAGUAAUAGCAGAGAUCCUCGGAGAACCUUCAAAAGAUGACCAGAGCCGAAUAGCACGCGACAUGCGUGGCUGUUAACCGCGUGCCCUACUUGAACACUUGACGCACUUUGAUUUAUUGUUAACUGUGAAAGUUGUGGCCUCCCUUGGUUUCCUUAAACAUUUUUGGUUUGUUGACAGGGGCCUUUUGUUUUUAUAGCAAAACUGUAAAGCUGCUCAAGUCUCCUAUGGAAGAAUGGAAACAUUCCAAAAAGGAGGGGCAUUUAUUUUUAGAGCAAAAAGAUGGUUGGAUAUCUUUUAAAAAAAAAAAAAAAAAAAGACUCAUUUUAUGGUGAGUUCCAUAAGACAUCAUCAGCAUUUAUAGCCUCUAUGAGUCUAUCUUCUGUAUAAAUCUUGUAAUGUUAAAAAAGAAGACUUAGUGGGAUAUUUCCUUUGUCUUAAAGUCAGAUAUUGCCGGCUAAAACGACCACCACCAGAACAGAAGCCUGGUCAGUGCUAAUAGCAAUUUUGAGUGUCUGUGACUGCUGGAGCGAUUGAUUGCUUUUUUUAUUGAGAGCCUAUCUUUAGGACUGAAGGAAUCAUCGUAAAUUCUUUGUUUUACUACCAACAUAGACAGAUGUAAACUCAGAAUCAUGGAAAAGAAUGUGUUCUGUAUUGGAACAAGUCCUUUUCAGAAGCAAACGAACCUUCUUUUAAGAUAGUCCUCCUAACUGACCAUGCUAAACAUUAGCGUUUAACUUGAGGGGAUUAUAAAGUUGUAAUAAUCAUGGAUCUGUUUUUUUUUUUUUUUUUUAACGUAGUUAACAUAGUGACGGUGAUUCCAGUUGAAUGCAGGUAGUAACACAGUCUAAGGUCCUUACAGAUACUUAGCCUUGAGCAGAAACUACCUCGAGGUAAUUUAUCUGAGGUACGUGUGUGUUGUCAGAGUCUCUGAACACGAUUCACAAAGCCUUAUCAGCAGAAGCUAAGAGCUCUCUCAAAGCAAAUGCAGCUAUACUCAGAAAUGUAAGGUUGGUUUUAUGUGUGUGUGUGUAUGGCCCCUGGUUUCAUUUAUUCUUGUAGGGUGGAUAGUUGGUACUUUUUUUUUUCCUUUGUUCAAGUUCCGUUCUUCAACAUUGUUUCUUGAAUAAAACGUGUUUAAUGUUAACAGA